AUGAGCCCAAAUGACAGCUCCUACGACGCGGCACAGGCGCCGCCAAUCACAGGUCGCGAAAGGACCGUGACGCCGCCUGCCGAAGUCGUCGACCCGCCAACCCACGAAAGGGGCACAAACGUGAACGAGAGGAUCCUUAAGAUGCUCAUGGGACUCGAAGGUCGCAUGGAGCGCAUAAAAGUGUCCCAGAUGCAGAUGGACGAGAACGAGCGACUUCGAGGUGCAAUCGAGAGUGGACUCUUCAGCUCUCUGCUUGGCCGCAACAUGGGCAACGCUGGACCGAUGCACCUGGACGCUCUUGGCAACUCGCCGCCGAGACGACAAGCUGUGUAUCAAGCGCAUGAACAGCCAAGGCAGCACUCGAGAGUGUCACCGGCUCAAGGCGCCCACGUUGAACCGCUCGGAUCGCAGUAUGCGGCGCCGGACUUACGGCAAGGCUACCCACCGCAACAGAUGCCUCAACAAGCUCAGCAAGUGCCAUGCCCUACCGCGUGCCGGACGCACGUCAACGAAAGCUGGCGAUCAGGAAGUUUGACGCAUGCGUGCGGAUUCGCAUGGUCCGAGGAAGUUAAAGCUGACUUACUUGGACACUACUUGAGCGGAACCGCGGAGCGCUAUUAUAACAAGCAGCUGGAGUUGUGGUGGACACAACUACCGACGCUGGAUCAUGUCAUGGAAAGGGUCCAUCAGACUUUUAAGACCACAAUCACGGCUUCGCAGUCAAUCCAGCUCUUCACGGCGCGUAAAGACCCCAAGAGAAGUUGGCCGGAGCAUUACCUUUACUUGGUUGCUGUCAGCGACGCGUGUGGUGGCGCGGACCAACAGGUGUUGGAUAAUAUCGUGCAUUAUGCGUCGACGGAACUAAGUACGGUGCUUAUGGCUAAGUACGAUAACUCAAGAGUGGAUUUUUUGCGUCAAGCUGAGGAGCUCGCCCACUUCGCGCAGUCUGUAGAGCUGGAGUCGCGAAAGGCCGGUCACAUCAAGGCCAACUGUCGAAGCAAAGGCCGUAGUAGUUACGAUGGUCGUCGUGGAAAACAUGGCGCAGACCUCGUUUUGGCGAUAAACGAUCGUGGAAUCAAGAAGAAGAACCCGCAUUUUAGUUAUGCUGGAAAAGAUGCUAAGGACGAGCAUGAAGAGUGGAUCUUGGAUAGUGGUUCAAGUCGUCACCUCGUGAAGGAUGAGAGCCUGUUGCUGGAUGCACAAGACUGCAACUAUCAGUGCAGCAUGGCGGAUGGAGAAACACUAUUUCUGUCAAGAGUCGGUAGCGUCCGUUUAUGCGUUAUGGCAGGUGGCAAGGAGCGGACGGUCAAGCUUACCGAAGCGUACCUUGCGACUGAACUCGAGCGCGACAUUGUCUCAUAUGGAAAACUCGAGCUCAAGGGUUUUGGAUUGGUGUACGAUGGCGCGACGCGCUCGCUCGCCAAUCGCAGUAAUGGGGAAGUGGCUUUCGAUUUGACUAUGGAGAACAACGUACUUUACGUUAAGACUGUGGAAACUUCGCAUUUAAGGAGCAUGCCAAGUGAUGUACUAAUGGCAAUACUGGCUGAAGAAGGAGCGACUGAGUCAUCGUUGGGAGUGCAAAGCGGCACGCUCAUGCAUUUUCACCAGCGACUCGGACACCUUUCUUUCGACACGGUGGAACGAAUGGCGAAGGAUCCUGCGUCAGGGAUCAAACUCACGGAUCGGCGAAGACUCACGUGUUUGUCAUGUGCUGAAGGGAAGCAGACGAAGAAUUCUCAAUCGCAAAAGGACACCGGCGUGAAUGCACCAAUCGACAGGAUUGGUGGAGUUAUCUGCUCGGAUCUAAAGGGACCUAUGACGCCCAAGAACCGACAUGGAAACAGAUAUCUCGUGAAUUUUAUCGAUCACAAGUCGAAUUACUGCCGCGUGUUUCUGGCCCCAACUAAGGAUCAAGCAGCGAAGAAGUUUGAACACUUUUUGGUGUUUUUUAAAAAGCGAUUUAAUUGUCGUAUUCACGUGCUACGUACGGACGGCGGCGGGGAGUACCAGAAUGUGGACUUAUUCUGCAAGCGCACUGGAGUAGCCCGUCAAGUCGCAGAGUCAAGAAAUCAAUCUUCGAACGGCAAGGCGGAGCGGAUGCAUCGGACCGUUCUCAAUAUGGAUCGGUCCAUGAUCUUUGCAAGCCGCCUGCCCUUGACAUUUUGGGGAGACGCCGUCGAAUACGCGGCGUACAUCUUAAACAGGAGUCCUACAAGCGCAAACCUGCGACGCGCGUCGCCAAUACAGGUUCUCACGAAGGUUGUCCCCGACUUACGCAACAUAGUGGUAUUCGGCUCAAGUUGCACGGUCUAUCGAGACCCUCGCAAGAACUCGCUCGCACAACGAGCACAAGUUGGCAUUAUCGUCGGGAGGAGCGACGAAACUAAGGGCUAUCGAGUUUUUUUGCAAAAGGAUAACAUCGUAGUCGUCACGCAGCAUGUGAAAAACAUUGCGACGCUCAGUGACGAGCAAAAUGAACAGCUUCAGCGCGCACUGGAAUACGAAGAUCAAGCCGGAACAGCUGUUUCCAGGAGUGCAGAAUCGUCUGCGUUGUCGAUGGCGUCACUAGCGAUCUCAUCAAAGCUAAAGAAGAAAGGGAAAUUGACCGUGCGUAGCGGACGAUCGAAGAAGAAGUCAUGGACCCGCUCGUCACACGGCACGCGUGGUGCGUCGAAGCGAGCUCAGGAAUUCGCGGGUCAAGAGGAGCCAGCGAGUAAUACGAGCAUCGUAAACCAUGUGUACGAGCGUGAUCCGAAGAACUACGGCGAAGCAAUGCGAAGUUCUAAAAGCGAGGACUGGAAGAAGGCGAUGUGUGAAGAAUUGGAAGCGCUCGAGAACAACGACGUUUGGCAUCUUAUCAAGCGUCCGAGCAGCAGCAAUGCACUCCACACGAAGUGGGUGUACAAGACAAAGAUGACUGCUGAUGGGGAUGUCGAACGCCUUAAAGCGCGACUUGUGGCGUGCGGCAAUGAGCAAGUGUUUGGAGCUGACUAUGUCCUCACAUUUGCUGCCGUGAUGGACAUGUCUACGGUGAAGAUAAUAUUGGCUCUUGCAGUUACGUGGGGAGUCGUCGCAAAGCAUGGCGACAUCCCUAACGCCUACGUAAAGGCUGACAAAGAGGCUGAUUUGGAGAUACUUUUACAAGUACCAAGAGGAAUGGACGUGAGCAGUGAUACUAUCAAGUCACUGGGAGCAUCGAGCGUGAGUGAACUGGCGUUACAGCUUCGCAAGAGUUUGUACGGCCUUAAACAGGCCGGGAGGCUCUGGAGCCAAUUACUACAUGCACGGCUUAUUGACGUUGGUUUCCAGCAGUGCGUGUCGGAUAUGUGUUUAUACCGGAAGAAGGAUGGGAGAGACCUCGUGAUUGUCGGGGUCUACGUUGAUGACUUGCUAGCUACUGGUACGGACGCGGCAGCAGUCGAUCGUUUCUUCGCGAGUCUAGGCAGUCUGUCUAUCAAGGACCUAGGAGCAGUCAAGAAGUUCCUAGGAAUGCGAGUGGAGGUUGACAAUGACGGAGGAUAUAUUAUCGAUCACGAAGUUGCAAUUAACGACAUCCUAAAAGAUCAUGGUCUCGAAGAUGCAAACUCAACGCAGACCCCCAUCGGUGCAGAUUGUUACGAGAUCCCGACGACAGACAGCGCUCUGCUUGUUAAUGCAGAAGAAGGAGCUCCAAGCAUUCGAAGCUUCCAAUCGCUCGUCGGUAGUCUUCUCUGGGUGUCGAGAUGUACGCGGCCAGAUAUGGCAUUUGCCGUCCACAAGGUGACGCGCCCGACGAACCAGCCGCGAGUCCAUGAUUACAAGCUCGCGAAACGCAUCGCGAGGUACUUAAAGGGUACCUGCAGCUUCAAGCUACGGAUGACACCGGCGUCGAGCGCGCGCGAGACAGUGAACUUGGAGUCCUACUCAGACGCGGACUUCGCUGCUGAUAAGCUGGACCGGAAGUCGUUGACGGGCGGGGUCAUCUUCUUGAACGGCAUGGCGGUGAGUUGGACGGCCAAGAAACAAGGCGGCGUCUCUCUAUCCACCAUGGAAGCCGAAUUUGUUGCAGCUUCGGAGCAAACGCGCGAGUUACUUGGGAUCCGAGAGAUGCUGCGCGAAAUUGGGAUGCCACCCGGACUGCCGAUGACGCUAUACAUCGAUAAUCAAGCCGCUAUCAAGCAGCUGGAUGGCGAGGCGUCUUCCUUGAAAGCCAAGCACAUCGAUGUGCGGCUCAAGUUUGUGCGGGACUACUCAAGACGCGAGAUUAUACAGGCGCAGUACGUCAGGUCUGAAGCCCAGGUUGCUGACUUAAUGACGAAGGCCCUGGAUGCGGCCAAGCUUGCGUCGCUGUGCGAGUUGAUGAGCCUCGGUUAG